GCCGUCUCGUCGCCUGACUGUGCCUCUGUCCGCAGGCACUUCAAGUACGUGCACGUGGGCGCGCGCACCGUCACCUGCCCGCACUGCCCGUUCGCCACCACCGACGCUUCGCACCUGCGGCGCCACGCGCGCCUGCACACCGGCGCGCGCCCCUACCGCUGCCCGCACUGCCCCUUCACCUGCAACAUCCUGGAAAACCUGCGCAAGCACGUGCUGACGACGUCGAAGCACCCGGGCAAGAAGAUGUACGAGUGCAAGUUCUGCGAGGGCGAGGGUCAGUUCGCCACCAACCAGGCCAAGGAGCUGCGCGCGCACCUGGUGACGCGCCACCCAGAGCAGUUCGCGCAGCCCACGCUCGCCGCCUCGUACGUGGCGGGCAUCUACGACGCGCACGCCGACCCCAAGGACGUCGCCCACCCCAUACAGCUGCCUCCGCGGUGGAAGAGGGUCAAGAGAGAGCCACAAGGCGCCACCGCCUUCUUAGCGCCAUCAGGCAACUCCUCGGAGCCAUCCACCAGCGCUUCCGUCCCCGUCACUGCCGCCCCCGCUCCGCCCGUGCCCGGGCCUUCGACCACGCACGUCGCCGCCCCCGAGGUGUCCUCGCUGCUGGCGCCCAAGGGCGAGGACGGGGGUGAGGACGCAGCCGCCUACCUCGAGCUGCCCAGGGCGGAGAACUCGCCCGAGCAAGAGCUGCUGUCCAUGGUGCCGCAGGAGGGCCCGUCGGAGCUGGAGGCGGUGGGCGGGUCGGAGCUGCUGUUCGCCGGCGGCGGCGGUGGAGACGGUGCGCACAGCGAGCGCCCCGCGCCCGACGCCCACGGCGCCCCCGCGGACGCCGACGCCGACGCCGCCCUCGAGCCCUGCUACCUGCUCAUCUUCAAG